UGGCCCGUUAAAACCCUUAUUCUCCAUCAGUUCUGUUCAGCUUCUUAGGUUUUCUAUCAACCCCCAAAUUUUGCUUCUCAUCUUCUUAAUCAUUCAUAAUUUUAGAGUAACUGACGCCCUCUCAAAAGUUUUCACGAUUAAAUGGUAAUUGUUCUCAACAAUUUAUUUUACCCACACAAAAAAACGUCUGAUUGUUAAUGCAUAAAUGCAUCCAACCACUCAACCAGCCCAUAUACUAUAUAUUCCAACUUCAACAAUGAUGUCUUCGCCAAAAAUACAUGCCCAUCAGACACCAAAACUUCUUAAAAAUCUGGUAACUUCUUACAAGGUCAACAAAAAACCAGCAACCAAUGGCGAACGAUUCAAUUGUGCCCCUUAAGGAUUUACAAGUCAACCAACAAGUAUGGACAGUACAACUAAAAGUGUUACGUGUCGGAGAUGAGAUAACUUGCGGCACAAACUUUUCUGUAAAGAUUAAGAAGCUGAUUAUGAUGGAUGACGAGAGUGUUAGAAUCGGUGUUGUAAUAUUCAAUGAUGAUAUACAAUAUUUUGAUGGUUGCUUCUUUGUACAUAAAACAUACAUUAUUUCUAACGGUGUUGUGAACAAAAGCAAGCCAAUGUAUUUCAGUGCACAUCCAAAACUUGAAUUGGUACUGAAAAAGAUAACCAUAGUAAAGGAAGCUUCAAUCCCGAUUACCGGAGAAACAAUGAGCUACAACUUUGUUGACUUAAGAGAGAUAGAUAUCAAAUUGCAUAGUAAUAAGUCAAUUGAUGUAUGUGGGGUACUCAUCAAAGUAAAGCCAUAAAAAAUGUUAACAACAUCGAGGGAGUAACAAAAUUUGUGCGAGAAAUAACCAUAGUUGACAAAGAGUAAUUACAAAAUGAAGGGAUUAUCAUGUUAUAUUUUGUAACGAAUGAGCAGACUAAGUUUAUAAUAUAUAUAU